GCCUUAUCAAUCAAUCAAUCACCUCCAUAGUCCAGCCACGGCGUGUUCGAUAAGCAGUUGGCUUCUCCACCUACCUAGACCUACACUACUAGUACCUACUACCAGCCCUUGGGAAUUCCCCACCUGCCCGUUGCAACUUGCACCAGCGCCCCUCUUCGCCUCUGCCUUCUGCUGCCCUUCAUAUUUCCCCCUUCUUCCUCUCCUCGCUCUCUCCAUUCUUCUUCUCUUCUUCUCUCCAGUUCACAUCAAACACCGCCAAUCUGUUUUCCUCCGCCUUUCGUCGUUUCUCCUCCUCCACUCUUCGCUCAUCUCUUGGACUGACCGCCGCUGCCGCCUCGUCCUUCCAGCAAAACUCCUCGCCAUCUACCCUCUCGACGCCCCUGCGCGUCAAUUCCACCUCAUCCUCCAGAAUGGUGCACACCAACGUUGUUAUUAUCGGCUCCGGCCCCGCCGCCCACACGGCCGCCAUCUACCUCUCGCGCGCCGAACUCAAGCCCGUCCUCUAUGAGGGUAUGCUGGCCAACGGCACAGCCGCCGGUGGACAGCUCACCACCACCACCGACAUCGAGAACUUCCCCGGUUUCCCCGCCGGCAUUGGCGGCGGCGAGCUGAUGGAGAACAUGCGCAAGCAGUCCGUCCGCUUCGGCACCGAGGUCAUCACCGAGACCAUCACCAAGGUCGACUUCUCCCAGAGACCCUUCAAGCUGUGGACGGAAUGGAGUGACGGUCCCACCGACGAGCCGGCCCACACCGCUGACGCCGUCAUCAUCGCCACCGGUGCCAACGCCCGUCGUCUCGACCUCCCCGGCGAGCAGAAGUACUGGCAGAACGGUAUCAGCGCCUGCGCCGUCUGUGACGGUGCUGUGCCCAUCUUCCGCAACAAGCCCCUCUUCGUCAUUGGUGGUGGUGACUCCGCCGCUGAGGAGGCCAUGUUCCUGGCCAAGUACGGUAGCAGCGUCACCGUCCUGGUCCGUCGCGACAAGCUCCGUGCCAGCAAGGCCAUGGCCAACCGCCUCCUGGCCCACCCCAAGGUCACCGUCCGCUUCAACUCCGUCGCCACCGAGGUGCUCGGUGAGGAGAAGGCCAACGGCCUGAUGACCCACCUCAAGGUCAAGAACGUUGUCUCUGGCGAGGAGGAGGUCGUCGACGCCAACGGUCUCUUCUACGCCGUCGGUCACGACCCCGCCACCGCCCUGGUCAAGGGCCAGAUCAAGCUCGACGAGGAUGGAUACAUUGUUACCCAGCCUGGCACCAGCUUCACCAGCGUUGAGGGUGUCUUCGCCUGCGGUGACGUCCAGGACAAGCGCUACCGCCAGGCCAUCACCAGUGCCGGAUCCGGCUGCAUUGCCGCUCUCGAGGCCGAGAAGUACAUUGCCGAGCGCGAGUCCGGCGAGGAGGAGGCGCCCGUGACCAGCAGUGAAAAGGACACCCAGGGCACUGGUGCCGAAUACAAGUCCAACCCUCUUCUCUAAGCGAUUCACUACCACCACCAUCAUGAAAGCAUCUAUUCCCAUUCUAUCCAUCUCAUAAUCUCCUAACUCACCCCUCUAUCUUCCGAUCUCUUUUCUACUACCCAUCUAGAUCAGGUUCAGGUUCAGGUUUCCCAUUUAGACAAACGGCUUAUGGGUGUUGCAUCUUCAUCUUCCUCUUCGCAUUUUUAUUUCUUAUCUUUUCAUUUGCUGAAUGCUUACCUUAACGGCUGUUUAUAUUUCUAGAUUUCCAGCGAUAUUUUUGUUCAUGUCUUGUUUUGUGAUACACGGGAUUUCGAUGGGGUUCGAUCGAUCGAUCGAUCGAUUGCAUGAAUGCGAAUGUGAAUACAAUCAAUAGAGUAGAAGAGAGAGAGAAGAAUCAUAAAGUAAUUUUUUCGAAG